CAUACUUAUUACUGCAGAUGACCAUUUCAAGAUGGCAGACGGGAAAAAAGGCCAUGUGUAUAUCAAAACAUUCGAAAAAAUAUAGAGUUUAUAACAAAACUUUUCGAUAGUACUUGAACUGCUCAAUCAUGGUUAAGAUGGAAUUAGAUUUUGAAACAGUGUUAGAUGUUGCCUUAGGUGGUCCUGAGAUAGGACCACUCAAUCUUUACGUAUUACAUGGCUUAAUGAAGGAGGUUUUUGAAAAGUUUGGUUUGUCACAAAAACAACUGAUCAUUGAUGAAGAGGACACCAACUUUUGUGAUGGUUAUAAUUUUAUAAAAAGCAAGGUAGAUGAAAAGAAUAUGCGUCCUCGAACAGCAGGUGGUGGAUACAGUAGAGAUAGGUCAAAAGUCUCUGUCAUUGUGUCUGAUUAUGCUCGGAGUCCAAUUGGUCAACAAAAAGCUGAAGAGAAAAAAUCAUCAUUGUUACCUACAGAUGUGGAAGAUAGAUUGAGAUAUAUUGAAUCAGAGUUGAAGAUUGUGAAAGACUUUCCGUCUGUUGAUGAACUCAGAUGUUGGGCACAGGAAAAAACUAGUCCGGACACAGUGGUUACAGAUCUUUGGCACUUUGUCAGUUUAAAUCAUAGAAUGGGUGGGGCGGAAGAAGGAAUUGAAAAGUUGACAGAACUGGUAGACAGGCUAAUUCCAGAGUUAAAAAGACUUAGUGAUGAACAAAAUAAAGUGAAAGGCCAGAUUGAUGACUUAUAUAGUCAGUUGAAAGCAUUGUCAGAUAGAUCUUCGCGGAUUGAUGAAAGAAUCGAUAAUGCUGGAAAUCUGGCUAAAGAGAAGAGUGAUGAAUUCAGCAAAGACCUAAAAAAUCUUGAAGAUAAAAUGGAUGGAUGUGCGAAGCUUAUGGACUUAGAAGAUUUUGUGUUGACUGAUACUUUCGUUGAAGCUCAGGAAAAUGCGAAAGCUGUAGCAAAAAAUAUUCAGGACGAGCUAAGCACUAAAGCUCCUCUCAGCAUGCUUGAUGAAUUGGCAGACCCAGGGGAAUUGAAAAGAUUGUCAGAGUUAGUGAAAUCCCUUCGGGAGGAAAUGGAAAAUGCUGCUUCAAAGGACGAUCUACAGCACUUAGAAUUGUAUGUUAAGUGGCCACAACUGGAGGACGCUUUGACUACCUGUUCAAGUCGACCUAGCAGUCAGAUUGGAAAGCGACACGAUAGCCAAGUGGGAAGCCGACCAAACAGUAGCAGUCAGACUGGAAGUCGUCCAAGCAGUCGGCAUAGUGGUACUUCAGUUAAUUCGACUCAUAAGGCCUGUCCAACUAAAAUCUACCCAAGUGAAGCUUGUGUACAAAAACUUCGUGAGAUUGGAAUGUUGCCAGAAAGACAGGCUGCCUUGAUGGAUGCUUUGGAAGUUACACGGGAGCAACUUGCUAGUAAAGCUGAUAAAUCUGAUUUGAAAGGAUUUCUCACUCAAGAUGAUUUGAAUGAGUUAUUGAACCUGCUUCGUAAUUUACGUGAAGAAGUAAAUGGACUUCAGCACUGGCGAAGUUUAGUGGAUGACGAGAAAGUUCCUGCACUGAAAGCAUUGUUGAAUGAAUUGGAAAAACAAAUGGCUGAUUUAUUAAGCACAAUGGAUGAUCUGCAAGCUGAAGACAACAGAAAACAAAAAGCAAUUGAAGCGUUAAGUUCUUCUGUUGACCGGUUGGAAGAAAACAAAUUAGAUAAAGAUGAUGAAAGGCUGAACCGACACGAAAAGCUACUUGAAGACUUGGGUAAGUCAAGUCAUGGAGACGAGAUUGAUAGUAAGAGACGUGGAAGUGAGACUGGUAGUUUGAGACGUGGAAGCGAGACUGGUAGCUCACGACGUGGCAGCGAAGUUAUGAAUUAUAAAAAUGGAGUGACACAAGAUGAGCUUGAUGACGCAAUUGCUAAAUUAAAUAAAAUGUUACAACAGCUUGCAGAUAGGUUGCGUGAUCACGAAAGUGACUACAGGAAACAAAUGGCUGAUGUGUUGGAUGAUUUGGAUGAUAAGUUAGACAGAGCGGAAUUACAACCACUUCGUGAAUAUCUAGAAAACCGUUACAAUACCCUGUCCCAACAACAGGCGGAACAAGACCAACAACGAACACCACCACACGACUCUAAAAAACACAAAUCGUCACCACGCAACGGCGUCACUGUCACACAUACAUUAACCCAGGACAAUCCAGCAGCGUACAAUCCGUCGAAAAAUACUUCCUCGUACACACCCACGAAAGGAACGCCCGGUCAAUCAAGAAGCUCGUCGGCUUACACCCCGUCUAAAGGAACAAUGCCUUACAUCCAUUAUGCGGAUGAUGUGGACUGUAGCCAUCCUCACUAUGGACAGGGUGGUUUCUAUCCCCAUAAGAAAGAAGCGGCUGCAGUCAGAACUCAAAUGAAAUUCAACUGUUUAUCUUGCGAUCGACCAUUGACUAUGCAGACAAACAGCCAUCUGCAAACAAUCCGUGGUCGACCUUUAAAUGCGUAUGAAUUAGAUCAGUUACGACUAUUACAAAAAAUCUUGAAAGGUGACAAUGCUGGCAAAUCCACUCGAGCUUGCGGUGGAAAACACACUUCAUCCACCCCACCAAAACGCAUCACAGCCAGAAUCAAUUCAAGCACAAGUUUACCAGCAACAAUGAGACAAGACCCUGAUGAGAUCUUAAUUGAUGGCGAAGUGGAUAUCGAAGGUUUAGAUGGUAGAUUAUACAGAGGAUUGAUAUCAAAGAAAGAUCUAAAGAAUCAUUCACGUAGUAAAUCUGCGACCGCCCAACUACGUACAGUCAGUCCACGGCCUAUAUCUGGCAAAAGUGUUGAUUUCACAUCCUCGUUAAGUAGUGGUCUGGGAACCACUCAUAGUUCGUUUGAUAUUCAAAUAGAAUAAAAGAAGAUAAAUAUAUAUAUGAUUGGUUAAUGGAUAGUAUAUACUGACCAGUCAUAUUUAAGUAAUCAGUCUAAUUUGUGAAGAAGAGCCGACAGGUUGUGUUCGUGAGUGGGUUUCGAUGUUGAAAUUGAUUACAUUCACUGAGACCAUUUUCACGCCAUUUUGUUCCGCUACUUUUUUCUCACGAUGCUGUAGUGGUAUCGGGGCAAAAUCAUUUCGCUUUUGUGUCGAAAUGGAAAUAUUUGAUCAUUCGAAAAGGUUGAGUUUCGUGUGAACCGAUACCUUAUCCAGUACGAAAUUCGUGAAGCGAUCUCUAUUCGCAACGUGUGAACAUGGUCUUAGUAGAAUAUAUUAUACCUAUCUGCAACGUGUGAAAAUGGUCUUAGUAGAAUAUAUUAUACCUAUUCGCAACGUGUGAACAUGGUCUUAGUAGAAUAUAUUAUACCUAUCUGCAACGUGUGAACAUGGUCUUAGAAUAUAUCAUAUUAUAAGUUAUUUAAUGCGAGAGAAAAUUAAAAGAGGUAAUAUAAUUCGGAUUUUUAAAUUAUUUUUUUCAAAACAUGAUUUCUAUGAUACAUUAAUAUUUUUUUAAGUUUAUAAAACCGGCCAGAAUGUCGUACAUAGGAAGGUUUGAUGUACAACAGCGGAAAAUGUUUGUCUUAAGAUGCCUAAUAGAGGACGCUAUUUUGUUUUUGUGUUCACAUACACGUCUUCCCUUCUUGUAUUAGUCUUCAGUUAUCGUCGAUGUUAAGUUUAUGGAGAAACUAGGUUUAAAUGCUAACGGUUAAUCUUUUACAAGUAUUUGCGUCGGCAUAAGUAGGACUUAUAAAGUAAGCUAGGAUCGGCAAAAGUAGAACUUAUAAAGUAGGCCAUGGAUCGGCAUGGUGUGAUUUGAUAUGCCGUCAAACUCAAGUUUCCUGUAUUACUUCAGAAAAUCUUUUUUUCUGAUAAGCUGCUUAUGCGUACUCUGUGACAAUCUUGAGAUUUUCUGUUGGAUUGUCAAACUGAAUUUGAAUUAGAUAAUAAUUUCUAACAUUUGCCAAAAAAAUAAGACAACGUUCUAAAAUGUUCCAAAUGUCCAUGUAGUUUCAAUUAACUUUAAAAAUAAUUUCUAAACACGAUAGUUUAAGGGCAAUGUAAUCCCCAGGUAAAUGGCGAAAUUGUGUUAACUCCUUAAAAUCCGAAAACAGGAUCUUUAAAGUUUUUUGGCUCUUCCUAAAAAUUCUAAAAUGUUAAGAAUUUGGAAUUCCUAAAAUUUUUUUAGAACCUAUUAAAAUAAGAUUUUCUAAUUUCCACCCUAAUUUUUCCUAAUUUAAAACCCAAAUUCUCAAAACGACUACAAAAUCAAUAAUACUUUUAUAUUUUCUAACGCUCUUAUUUGGUUGACUGAUGUCCUUAGGAAGAACUUAACUUUAUCUGCAAUGAGAAUGCUAUAGCGUACAAAUUCAAAGCUAUUUAAUUAUGCAAAUUUCCAGGUUUUUCCUGCCUUAAACGAGUAUAUUUUUGCUCCACAUGCACGAACUGAAAAAUAUAGAUCAGAAUAUAGAUAUAUUUUUUGUUUUUUAUAUUCUAGAUAUAAUUUAAAUUGUGUAUAUAUUUUAUAAUUAUUAUAAAUUAUUUUUUUGUACAGUUAUUAAAAUAUUUGAUUAAUUCGUCACAA